AAAAGACUCACACACGAUCUGAGAUCAUUUGAAGAGUGUGAGCUGAGAAACAGAGACAGGGACAUGGAUAAAUAAGCAUAACAAAUAAAAAAGGUGAUGAAAUAUACACUUGUGAACUGAAAACUGAGAUAAAAGGGUUCCUCUCCUAAGUGCACAUCAACAUUUUUAUGUUCUGACUCCUAAGACUUGGUCUGAGAUACUGAAAAUGACACGUACCUUACCAGAGUUGCUUAGAGAAUACUUGGCUCGAAGGCGCAUUCAGAGAAAUCGCUUGGUGACCAAGGACGGCCACUGCAACAUUGCAUUUGGCAGUGUGAAACAGAGCCAUCUUUUUGUCUACAUUCUAGACUUCUGGACAACCUUAAUGAACAUGCGCUGGCGUUUUGUCAUCUUUCACUUGGGGAUUUCCUAUGUGUUUGGCUGGUUCAUUUUUGGACUGCUCUGGUAUUGGGCUGCUUUUGCUAAUGGUGAUCUAUUCUGGCAAAAUCCACCUGUUAACCAUAACUAUUGUGUUGAGAACCUUUUUGAUAUGACUGGUGCUUUCCUUCAGUCUAUAGAAUGUCAGAUGUCGAUCGGUUAUGGUUAUCGACUCAUCACUCCAUAUUGUAAAAGUGCCAUCACCAUCCUAACAAUUCAGGUUGUCUUUGGAACGGUAAAUCUCUGUUUCUGGUGUGGGGUGGUUAUGAGUAAAGUUGCCCGUGGGAAAAAAAGAGGCAAAACCAUCCGCUUUAGCAAUAUGGCUGUUAUCUCCUCCAACAAGGGCAGUCUCUGUUUGCAGAUACGAGUGGCCAACAUGCGCAAGUCCUUGAUGAUUGGAAGUCAGAUCUAUGGCAAACUUCUUAAAACAACUAUCAAACCUAAUGGCGAGACCAUAAUAAUGGACCAGACCAAGAUAGAUUUCAUUGUAGAUGCUGGAAAGGACAACCUUUUCUUUGUCUGCCCUUUGACCCUGUACCAUAUUAUUAAUGAAUCAAGCCCAUUUUAUCAAAUGACAGUAGAUACUCUUCACCAGCAGGAGUUUGAGUUAGUGGUGUUUCUCGAUGGCACUGCAGAGUCCACUAGUUCCUCCUGCCAGGUCAGAACUUCCUACCUUCCUAAAGAGAUCAUGUGGGGCUACAAGUUCCUUCCUAUCAUCUCACGAAGCAAAGAGGGAAAGUAUCAUGUUGAUUUUUCCAACUUUGCCAAAGUGGCUCCUGUGGACACACCACCAUUUGCCAGUUACUUUGCUGAAUCCCCACCUGGCUUUCAUCAUCACAGUCCUCCCACUGACAGUGACAGGGUUCAGGAGAUAGAAGUUAAAGAACAGUUCAUUACUACCAAUAUGUAAUGCAUAUGUGUUUUUUUUAUAUGUACUUGUCAUUGGGGCACUUUUUUAUGUUGAUCAAUAUAAAGUUUAUGUAUAAAGUAUGAAUAUAUUGAUUCAAUGAAAAUAUAAAGCUAAAUGUGCAUUGCAAGACAUAGAUGUAAGAUGAUCCAGGGUGCAUAAAGCCACCUCACACUCAACAUCCCCAGGAUUGACUCUAGAGCCCCUGUAAGACGGACCAUAAUAAAUUAAUGAAACAAAUAAUGUAGGUUGAUUAAAUUAAUGACUGAAUAUUCCUUGAUAGCAUGAAAGUGUCUGUGUAUGUUAUCAUAUUAGCCACUAUUAUUAGUUGUAUUUCCCAUGAAAGUACAUUAUGUGGACAAAGAUUUCUAGACACCUCCACAUUAAACCCAUACAGUACUUUUUUGCCACAAUUACUACAAUGCAUGUUCACCAAAACUAAGAGAUCCAAACUUGUUUCAGUAUGAAAAUGCCCAAUGCUCAAAGUGAGCUCCAAUUAGAAAUGCAGCUUGGAAGUGUAAGAACCACAGAGCCCUGUUUAGAGCCCUGUCCUUGACCCUCCUGAACAUCCUUGGUAUGAUAAUGUUCUAUAAUGUUCUUGUAGCUGAGUGAACACAAGUUUCUAUAGUUAUGCUUUGAACUCUUUUGGCUCUCAUAUAUUCCAUAAGAGUAAAAGUUAUUAUAAUAGCAAAGAGGGUGGAGUUUAAUACUUCAAUGCUGUUAUUUUUGUAAAUACUCACUUCAAAGUAGGCAUCAAGAGAAUGCCAAGAGUGUACAAAGCAGUAAUCUAAGCAAAAGGUGGCUACUUUGAAGAACCUACAAUAUGACAUAUUUUCAG